GGAAGGGUGCUGCUGUCAAGACGAGUGGCCUAACAGUCUUACUGUCACUUAGGGAAUGGUGAUGGUAAGCCCAGAGAUGAACCCCACCAUUUGCUCAGUGUUUGAAGCUGAAAUUGUUCUGCUCUUCCAUGCCACGACUUUCCGGAAGGGAUUCCAAGUAACAGUGCACGUUGGCAAUGUGCGGCAGACAGCAGUCGUGGAAAAGAUCCAGGGAAAGGACAAGCUGCGGACAGGAGAAAAGGCUGUGGUUCGUUUCAGAUUCAUUAAACAUCCUGAGUAUUUGAAGAUAGGAGCCAAGCUCCUGUUCCGUGAAGGAGUUACCAAAGGUAUUGGACAUGUCACAUACAUCCAGGCGAUCACCACUGGAGAGAAUGGCUUAGAAGAAGGCCUAAGCUCUGGGCUGGUCAGUUUCUGACUUGCAUGAGAUCUGUGAGAUCUCAUGAUGAUAGCAAUAGAGGGAAGGAGCCUCCUCCAAGACACCGCCCAGAGCUGCUGUUGCUGCUGGCCAGUCUUUUUACAUCAGCACACUUCUUCUAUACUGCAGAGGAUUCCUGAACUGUCUGGAGCAAGUUAAGCAUGUUUGUAUCUCACCUGCUGCUUUCAUAUCCCUGCUUUCCCUGAAGUAGAUGAGUGGCUGCGUCUUUACCAGCCCUGGCAACACCUGAUUUUGUUGACUUUGGUUGGAAGUUAUUUCUGAGUAGAGGGCAAAGCUCUGAGUGUGUUGGAUUGUAGCUGCGGAAUUCUGCCACCUGCAAGGCAGCAAUAGUUUACCCCUUUCUCUCUACUGGGCUCAGUCCCUGUAUUGUCCUGUUCUCUGCCUUUUCAGAUUGUCAUCGAUGAGCUGUA